AUGAUAUCACACCUCGUUAUUUCCUUAAUCACGGAAGAUAUCAACCGCGUACUCGGCAUGUUAAAUUCUCUUGCUGCUCCUCGCACUAGUCUUCUCCAUAUUAUAAAUGUUACACAGCUAACAAACACAGUCACUUUCCAUCCGCUUGCCAAAUUCCCUGGACCGAAGCUGGCAGCAAUGACAAUGUGGUAUCAAGGAUACUACGACAUCUGGCGGCGCGGUCAAUACAUUUGGGAAGUUAUUAAAAUGCAUGAAAAAUACGGUCCCAUUGUCCGCAUUAGCCCCCACGAAGUUCAUAUACUAGACCCUAGCGCUAUUGAUCUAGUCUACCCCAGUGGCAACAAGAAGCGGGAUAAGAGCAAGUAUCACGGAAGAUCCCUUAUGAUGCCAAAUUCUAUGACAGCAACUACGUCACAUGAUCUCCAUCGCAGUCGCCGUGGUGCAGCAAACCCCUAUUUCUCCAUGUCAAGCGUUCGACGGCUCGAGCCGAUCACUCGCGAGACGGUCAAGAUGCUGUUGCACCGGUUCGACGAAUUUGCUAAGACCGGGAAGGUGAUGCCAGUAACGCUUGCAUGCAAAGCCAUGACUGCGUCUAUUAUCACUAAGUACUGUUUUGGAGAAUCCGGGGGUUUUUUGGAGCUAGAGGACUUUAACAGGACUUAUUUCGACACAUUCGAGAAUGCCUUCGGGGUUGGCCACUUGAUGGCUCACGUGUCGUGGCUGGGUGGUCUCAUGAUGUCUUUACCACCAAAGUUGCAGGAGUUUCUGACGCCAGGCUUGAUAACAAUGUACAACAUGCGACGACAAUGGAAGCGCCAGAUAGAUGAAAUCAAAAAAGACGACAAAGCCGACAAUGGGCAAACAGUAUUCCAUGGCCUUCUAAAAAGCAAUCUCCCGCCGGCGGAGAAGGCGACCGACCGGCUGCAAAUGGAAGCACAGAACCUAGUCGUUGCUGGCCAAGACACCACAGCAACCACCCUUGCUGCCAUAAUUUAUGAACUACUCGCAAACCCCGACAAACUCGCAAAACUGAAUCAGGAGCUCGCCAGUGCGAUACCGGAUCCCAACUCAGUCCCGACCUCCGCACAAGUUGAGAAACUUCCCUACCUUACCGCCGUCAUCCAAGAAGGUCUCCGCGUGCACCCAGCAGCCACACUGCGCGCGCAGAGGCUUUCUCCCGAGCCUGUCAUUUAUGAAGUCAAUGGGAAGGUAUGGGAGAUUCCAGUUGGCGCAACGUUCAGCAUGGACGCGCACACGACGCAGAUGCACCCAGACUACUUUCCCGACCCUUACACGUUCAAUCCUGAGCGAUGGAUCGAGGAUCCCCGCUUGGAUCGGUAUAUGAUUGCGUUUUCGAAGGGCACCAGAGUUUGUCUAGGCAUCAAUCUAGCGUAUCAAGAACUUUACCUGGUGAUCGCGGCAAUCUUCCGCAAAUACGACCUUUAUGAUGGCACUGGAAAGAAGGGUCCGACUUUGGAAUUGUACGAAACGGAGCGGAAGAGGGACGUUGAUAUGGUAGCAGACAUGAUUGUUACUGCACCCGCACAGGGUAGUAAGGGCGUGAGGCUUCUUGUCAGGUAAUUUAAUAAUGUAAGGGUAGAAGGCUCAGGAAAGGUAGCCAGUGAAUGAUUAAGCCUCACGAUCUUAUAGCCUAUGGUUGCUUUAUGUUUUUUUG